CGGCUAUAAUUUUCACGUUGCACCGUUUCUAAUGGUUUUCUUCCGUUGACAGAUAGUGUGAGCUGUUGAAGUAUGAUUUUAAGUGCAGGAUAUGUUGUAUUAUAUGUGGUCAGGUUGUUGAGUCGUAGUAGAAGGAGGAAGAUGUAUCUACAGACAAUAAGACAGGUUGUACAAAAACACAGUAUCUUCAUCAAAAAGUCUGUGAGUGAAAAAUGGUCUGCUGCUGCAAGUACUUUGAUACAGUGUCCACUGGUAAAGGGAUCACAGAGGUUUACCCACAAACCAUUGCUAGAAGAUGAUCAUAUUGCUAUGAUGUCUGUAGAGCCAAAGCAAGUUGUGAAUCUGACAGAUGGUUGGACAGAAUAUUACAGACCACAAGGAGAGUAUAGGGAGGAUUCUACUCAUGAAGAUGUUGUGUUACUGCUGGAGGCUAGGAGACCUACCAAUGUUGAUACUUUCUUAGAACACGAGCUACAAGUGUCCCCUGCUGAGAAAGUUCAUAUACUAGCUCAUGGUGCUGCAGUGGCAUGGAAGUCAGGUUCUUCAUUUGGGAUUAUUUUACACUGUACCUUGGACGAGUUUGUCACACUGUCCAUGGCAUUUUGUGAGGAUCGUCUUACGAUGGAUGAAGAUCUAGAAGUUCACUCGAUCAUGUCUGUAAAAAUUGAAGGAAAAUCAUCUAGUCUAGUGUUAAAUCAAGAGAUAGACACAGAUACUGCUAAAAAAAGUGCCUUAAAACCAAAAAGAAAUUCUGCUGACACUGAUACAAAUGACAGUAAUGCAGGAGAUGGCAAUGAUAUUGCUAAACAGUUGGCACAUUUAUUAGCCCCACCCCAAUCAGAGCAGGAUCAGUUAACUGAUUUAUGGUCCAAUGAAUCGUUGGCGUCAAAUUCAUCAAUUGGACGUACUUCAGAGCUUCUUGAUAUGAUAGAUGCUGAAUCGCAGGACGCGGAAACAGUUGAUAGGUCAAUGAUGGAAAGUGGGGCCGGAGAAGAAUUGAGUGAUUUUGAACUUGCAGGUAGCUCUAGUAGCACUUCAGGGUCUCUUAGUCAAAGUUGGAAGUUUGUUCGUCAAGCAUCUGUUGCAAAACCACCAAAUGUUCUUGUGUAUGCUGGCAAAAUAGACUCAGUUAGAAAAUUUAACAAAGUCAAGAAAAUCAUGCAACAGUGCCUAGAUAGUGAAUCUUACGUGAUUUAUCACUUGAAACACGAGGAAUUAGAAACUACUCCUUGGAUUGAAAACACAGUUCUAUUAGUACUUGCAUCAAAGAAAAAAUACACAGAUGCAAAUGAAACCUUUAUGAAAUAUUUCAGGGCCGGGGGAAAAAUACUUGGUUUAGGAAGUGGAUUUGAUCAAGAAUUAGUGGAACAAACCUUAAUACGUAAGGAGAACUGGAUCGUAAAUUUGAAAUACAAGACAUGGUCUGAUGUUUCACUUAUUUCAGGAAUGUAUUCUUAUGAUAUUUCCAAAACCAUUGCUGAGGACAGUCAUGUUACAAAGCUUGCGUCAGACACAAAUGGCAAUGUGCUCAUUGUAAGAGUUAACCAGGAAACAAAAGGAAGUGCUGGCUCAGCGAUAUUGUCACAGGUCCUAUUUGACAAGGAUGCAGGAGAUAUGGGAGUGACACCAGAGAUGUUUAAUGCCUUAAAGAAAUCUAACAGUGCCAGGUUUGAGAUUCUAGGACAACUUCUCACCACACUUGGUCUGGAGUGUAACACAGCUUCUCCACCAGUGCUCACACCAGCUGUUCUUGUAGCAAGAGAAGAGAUUUCUAAACAGAGCUUUUUGAAGUCUAUAGAGAAAAGGCUAUUAUCUGGCGUGUUAAAGUUUGGAAAACAGACCUUACAUUUUACAGCAGACGACAGUGUACCGGCUGAGGAAAAUCUACUUCCUGUUCUCACUGAAGAGAGUGAACCUUUUCUGAAGAACUUCAACAAGGGAAAGUACUGUGAGAACUUGAAGAGUAGGAUUCUGGGAAAUACUGUUAUGUAUGUGGAUGUGAUUCCAACAACAAUGACACUGCUGGAUGGAUUGAUGUUUUCAGUUCCAGAAACCACUGGUCUUAUUGCUAUAGCCAGACAACAAACACAGGGUGUAGGAAGGGGAGGUAACAAUUGGUUAAGUCCUAUUGGAUGUGCUAUGUUCUCCUUACAUGUGAAAUUACCCGCGGACAGUAACCUGGGCAAGGCUGUAUCUUACCUUCAGCAUAUUACCUCCCUUGCUGUUGUGUACAGUGUGUGUAAACAGGAAGGCUAUCAGGAUAUAGAUUUACGACUUAAGUGGCCAAAUGACAUAUACUAUGGUAGAGAGAUGAAACUAGGUGGUGUAAUUGUGAAAUCUACAUUCAUGGACGGCAUGGUGCAUGCUACUAUAGGAUGUGGAUUUAAUGUUGACAACAGCAAUCCAACCAUCUGUAUCAAUGAUCUGAUCCAGCUACAUAAUCGCCAGGAUGGAACAAGCCUAACCUCCUGUAGUACGGAGCAGCUGAUUGGUCGAUGUGUCACAUACAUAGAGAAUCUUAUAGAUCAGUUUCAGGCAGAGGGUGCUGAAAGCUUCAAGCAGAUGUACUAUGAAAAGUGGCUUCACAGUAACAAUACAGUGACUCUUCAAUCUGAAGGAAACAAAGAAGUUAAAAUAGUAGGCCUCGAUGAGUACGGCUAUUUGCUGGUGGAGACCCCUAGUGGCGAGAAGAUAAGCGUGCAGCCUGACGGAAACUCAUUUGACAUGAUGAAAAACCUCAUUAGUAUGAAAAUCAGAUAGAUUCAUGUAUGGAAUGUCUUGCUGAAAAGUAUAUCUAUAACACAGAUGUAUUAAAAAAAAAUUUUUUUUUUUUUCUGAAUUUAACUAAUUUUUGGACAUAUCGCGGCAGUCAGUCUACCUUACCGUCUUUCCUGGAUAACCAACUAGUAGUUCUAAAUAUCUCCUCAAAUGACCGACUACUUGUCCCAAAUGAUUUCUAAAUUGGCAGUGAGUUUUCUAAAUCCAAAACUGUAUUUAUUCAAUAACAUUAGUCCUGAUUAUACUUAAUUGUGAAUUUUGCAUGUCUCCUGUUUUGAAUAUGAAACUGUUUAUUUUAAAUGAAAGAGAUUUUGAUGUCAGAAUGAUACAAUUAUGCUGGCAAUAAUACAUAUAUAAGGUGUUGUCAGAAUGCAAUGCUAGAAGAAUGGAGAGAAAAAAUAUUUGGCAUAAAGUGCAAAGUAUGAAUCUGAACCAGAAAAAUUGGUAUUUGUAUUAUUUAAUAGAAUUUUAUACAGAAACUCCAUCAUAUACAAGUACUUCCAUAUAUCACCUGUUGUUCAGUAUAUUAUUACAAAAAGGUAUAUAUUUUUGUAUUUCACUAAAUGUAGUAAGUGUAUCAUACCUGCAUGUGUCUGCAUUCACAGAUUUGGCGCUCCUGACCACCACACAACUUCUCAAUUGCUAAAAUAACCAAAGAACUCACAUUUUUGUAAAAUCUCAUCUCACUAAAUCUCACACUUUAAUCAUACAAACAAGUAAAAAUUAAUUUAAGCCGGUUUGUGGAAAGAAAACCCAACAAAAAGGGUAUCCCAUCAGUAUUAUGUGUUUCACCAAAUGCCUUAAGUUAUGGUUGUGAAGUUUAGUCAAAUGUUCAACUUAGUCUCAUCGUGCCAUCUAUGUUUACAUUCAGAAUAGUUCUGUGUAUGGUAGUUCACUGUUUCAUGAUAAGUUCAUAAUAACACUGUAAUAGUGUAUUGAUUGUAGCAGAUAUGUGUUUCACCUCAUUCAUACAUCAACAUGUUCUCGGCUUUAUUUCUAUAAUAGCCCUAUUUAGGUUUUUGGAUCUGUCCAUUUUUUGGCAGGGAAAAUGUCAUUUAAUUUCCUUUACUUUAUUUUGAGUAAAACACAGAAAGCUGCAAUCAUAUGGCCAAUGAAUCUUUGUGGUUUUUUUUGCUGUGUCAUGAUUGGUUUAAAAAUCGUCAAAAUGCUAAAUAUAUAUUAAAAAAAAAAAAACACAGAAAAUUCUAAAUAGUUCAUAAACGUAAGAACUCCCCAAAAAUGCUUUAUGUUUAUUAAAUAAUUUCCCAUAUAUGCUGUAUUUUAAUCAUUUGCUCAGAUAAUCAUUGAUAAAUAAUGUUUUCAACCAUAUUUUUUGUAUGAUAUCAUAAUUUCAUAAUUUUUGUUCAGAUAUUUUUAUCAUAAUUAGAUACUUGAAAUGAUAUAUUUUGAUGUAUAUUUUGGGUAUAUUUGGCUGUAUAUCUUUCUCUUCCUAUGAAAAUGAGAUUUUUUUAUCAAAUGUUACUGUCACUGGAUUCUGACUGUUUUUAUUUAUUCUGUUAUUUUUCUUAGACUGUUUAUGAUUAUUUAGCCAAAGUUUAUAAAAGCCUUGUGUAAAUUAUGUACUGUUUGAUUUACAGCCCCUGUUUCUGUUUUAUGAUAGCCAUAUUGUCUCAUUUGAGCCAUGAUUUGGCUAUUUAAAUCCCAUAUUGAAUAAAUUGAAACUUUGUGUAUUGCAGUAUUUUAUUCUGUAGCUUCUUCACUGCACAACUGAUAAAUUUAGUGUUACAAGAGUACUUGCCCUUAUUUUCCAAUUUUAUAGCCUUAUUGUUUGGCAGAUUUGUUUGAUGCUACUUGAUUGUUGUACUUGUUCAGAUUGUUCAUUUACCCUCUAAAUGUAUAGUUUUUUUUUACUUUUGUAAUAACCAUUUAUUUUACACAUAACAUGAUAUAUAUUUAUUCAGAUAUGUCAGUGUGAACUUGAAUAAGUGCUAACAAUUUGUUGUUGUUUUUUUUGUUGUGUUGGUCGAAGGAAAUAUUUACAUCUUUCUUUUUCAUAAUCAAAUAUAUUUUUGUUAAGUUGUGAGUUAAUGAUAUAUGAAAUAUUUGCAUUUAUGCAAUCUUAUGCAUAAUAUUAAAUGCACAAAAAAAAAGAGUAUGCAUGAUUUUUGUCAUAUUGUUUUUGUUAUCAUCAUUAUUAAAUGAUAUGUUAUAGAGGUUGAGUACAGAAUUGCAAAUAUUUGAGCCGCUCCAUGACAAAACCAACAUAAUGCACUUGCGACCAGCAUGGAUUCAGACCAGUCUGCACAUUUGCGCAGUCUGAUCAGGAUCCAUGCUGUUAACUUAUAAACCCUAUAAAAAGAAACAGAUAACGCACGGUAUGGAUCCUGAUCAGACUGCGCGGAUGGGCAGGCUAGUCUGGAUCCAUGCUGGUUUCAGACGCAUUGUGUUAGUUUUGUCAUGACGCAGCUCAUUUAUCCCAGCUGUUGUUUGUUUUGUGCAUUGUUUUGUUUGCUCUUGGCUAAAAUAAUGCACUGAACAAAAUGUCCCAUAUGAUAGUUGCUAAGUGUGAAAUCUAAGUGUGAAAUGUUUCAGUUCAAACUAUAGUAGUGUGCCUUAGCACUUAGGAAUAUAAAAUGGCUGAUUUUUUAAUCAAUUAUAAGUACUUUGUGACCUUGAUCUUGACCUUGUGACCAUGAUCUGUACAAGGGCAAGGUCAUUGACUUUUAAUACAAAGCAUAGCUGUACAUAUUUUUUUUUAAAUAUUUGAUUACAUUUAUAUCAUUUUGUAUCGCUGCAAUCUUAUUAUGGUUAUGUUUAUAUAUGAUAAAAGUUGAUUUUUUUAUAUAAAAAGGUAGAUGAAGAAUAUAACAUGUAGACAGUAAGGUGAUCAUUGCUAAAUUUGUACAUAAUGUUUUGAACAGUUUGUAUAGUAUUACCAUGCUUGAUAUCUUAAAUAAAAUUGUUCAUCUUUCAAUCUGAGGAGAACCAUUCAUAAUUUUAAGUACAGUUUCAAAUAAUAAGUUAUGAUUGAUUAGUGUAGUGAACUGUGCAGAGCAUAUCAAACAGCAUGGAUGUUCAUGCUGAUCUUGGUUGGCACUGGUUGCAUUGGUAAAAUCAGUCGUUGCCAGCAGGUAUUAAACGGUUGAUGUGAACAAGUGUUGUUAUUUUGUUGAUCUUAAGGAUGACUUUUAUUAGAAUUUAUGCUGAUAUUUAUGGUAUUUUGUAUCAGCUCUUCAUUUAUAAAGUUUAUAUGUUUUCAUCUCAUGUGAAACAUGUAUCACAAGCUGGUAAUGGUGAACACUUGUUUUUACU